CUUCGGAAAGGGAAGUUCAGCUAGAUGAUUGUUGCAUGAGAAGGCGUUUCCUGGAAGUGUGAUUCCAGGAUUCUGGUUGGGACGUGGGGAGGUUGACCAACGAAUUAUCUCUGGCGACCAUCGCAUCAACGCCAUGCUUAGUCAUUGAGAAAAGCAAUCACGGCAUCACAACCUCAACCAGAGCUGCACGGCUGUUGGUGUUCUGAUGCUACCAGAUACCAUGUUCAAAGAUGACUUCGCCCCAGCAACCAAAGAGAAAGGAGCGGCCUUGUGAUGCAUGUAGGAAGCGAAAGAGUCGAUGCGUGCUCGAAGAAGAUUCGCCGAUAUGUGUUCUCUGUAAAUUCCACGGUCAAGAAUGUACUUUCAUACAGAACCCGCAAUCUCGGAAGAGGAAAACCCCUCAAGAUGUCGAAGAAGCAGGAGCUACUAAGAGAAGGUUCUCAAGUUCAUCUGUGGUCUCGAAGAAGUCUCCUGCAACUCAGAUGCGCGUUAUUCGUACUACAAAUGGCACUGGUGUUGAAGAAUAUGACGAUCUGGAAGGUCCCAGCCUCCUCAAGAAAACCCUCGGCUUGCAGAACAAACAUCACAGCCAAUAUGUUGGAGCUACGCGAGGAUUAGAACCUUCACUUCUUGGCCAACUCUCUGCUCAUGGUAAGAGUGAGGUGCCGCUGGCUGAAGGCAGCCUUCGACGAGUGAGCUCGACAGAAGCGUUCAUUCUCCUACCCGAUCCUGGAACGCAAAAUUAUAGCGAUGAGCUUGACGAUCUGGACGCCAUUGAAGCUAUCAUCAAACCACAUGGAAAAGCCCUUGUCGAUAUAUAUUUUCGAAUCGUUUUUCCCAGCUUCCCGAUUCUUCACAAAGAAGUGUACCUUGAGAAAUACAAUCGUUCUUAUCGAGAAUUUUCUCCGCCCCUGCUUGCGGCCGUCUAUCUUCUCGCUUUGCAAUACUGGUCCUAUGAUGAUCGCCUAAGCAAAUCAAAGAAACCAGAUGUAGUCGAGCUAGAGAAACUCGCAAGAAAGGCUCUGGGUGAUACCAUUCAUCGGCCGAAAUUAUCCACCGUCCAAGCUGGAUUAUUACUACUUCAGCAUACAGACACGGACUCAGCCGAACUCACGUCUCAGCUUGUGAGUGUUGCGUAUGGGCUUGGACUUCAUUUAGAUGCCUCGGAAUGGAACAUUCCAGACUGGGAAAAAGGGCUUCGAAAGCGAUUAGGCUGGGGGCUCUUUAUGCAGAAUACAUGGGCCAGUCUUGGCAGUGGACGUCCAUCGCUGAUAAGUUCGGCAAAUUGGGCACUAUUGCCAGUCAAUAAUUCAGACUUCCCAGAGAAAAUCGAAGACGACCAAGAAGGCAGUUCGGAAGUGGAAAAGGGCAGAAUACUAUUCAGCCAUAUGAUCUCACUUUCUGAGAUACUAGCGGAAUUACUUGAUACCGUAUUUACGGUAAGAACAACAAGAGAGAUCACAGAUGCUGGUAUAAAUGGACUUUCUAUUGUUCUGGAAAGAGUCAAACCAGUCCAGGUCAAACUCAAAGAAUGGUUCUCAAGCCUUCCAGACUGCCUUUCGAUGGAAGCAACUCAAGUCAUGAAGCUCAACUCUGUCGGAUAUCUCAGAUUAGCUUACAUCGCCACCGAGAUCAGCAUCCACCGCCGAAUUUUAUCGAGUCUCUCCACUUCUACAGACCCGCAACUACACCGCUUCUGUCGCAACGUUGCUCAUGAGCGCUUCAUGUUCGCUAUCGAUUUUGUUCAGUCUCUGAAACCUCAACAUCUUUCUAGCUUCUGGUAUUUUGCAUCACCACAGAACUUUGCCCUGAUCGCAGCCUUCGGCACGCUUCUGCUUUCAAUAGCAUCAACGACAGAAGAAGCAGAUUUCUAUCGUACUAAGUUAAGAGAGUACCGUUGGACGUUGAAAAUCAACAGCGAAAACGGUGCCAAAUACAUGAAACCCGCAAUGGCUCUACUCGAUGCAAAUUUGGGCCUCCUAAACGAAGCACGCAAUCCUCUCCGAUCGCAACAUACUCCUAUACCACUUGAGAAUGGGAGUGUUACCUCAGACGCCACGGAUCAGUUCGCCUUUUCACAUUCUCACUUAUCAUCGAAUGGAGACUUCAACUCCCCAAGUCAAUACUCCUUCGACACGAACUAUUACCCCAAUCAACACGCGGUGGCAGCGUCGCCAGUGGGGUAUCAAACCUCGACGAAUAUCGAUGGGAAUGCGCACGAUUUUGGCUACGGAAUCGAGGGAAGCACCGGCCUUUGGCCCUCGUAUUAGACCAUUUUCGCUGUCAGGUCAGCUGAUUCACCGACCAG